UCGCCAUCCCCGCCACCCACCAGUCCUCCUCCUCCACGUCAAGCCAAGCCACUUGACGCCGAUCGCUCGCCACCUCACGCAGCACAAGCCUCGAGCUGCAACGACCGACCGGACCGGACCGGCCUCCCCUGCUCCGGCUCCCGCCGAAGCCUCCCUCGAUCGAUCCUCGUCGAAGCAGCAAUGGCUGAUGCCGUGGAGAGCGGCGGGCGGGCGCUCCUGGUCUCGGAGCUGGGCCGCGUGCAGGACCUGGUGCGCCAGCUCGAGCAGCAGCUGCGCGCGCCCGCGGACGCCGCCUCCGUCGACCUCUGCCGCCGCCUCGUCCACCAGAUCGUCGCGCUCACCGACCACUCCAUCGGCAUGCUCCGCGCGUCCCCGGCGGACCUCGCUCCCUCCCCGCCGCUGUCCGCCACCGGGAGCCCGAUCAGCGGCGGCGACGCCACCUCCGACCACCACCACCACCACCCCUUCCGCGCCGCCGGCGCCAGCCCCAAGAAGCGCAAGGCCACGGCGCGCUGGACCAGCCAGCAGGUGCGCGUCAGCGCCGCGGGCGGCGGCGCCGAGGGCCCCGCCGACGACGGCCACAGCUGGCGCAAGUACGGCCAGAAGGACAUCCUGGGCGCCAAGCACCCGCGGGCCUACUACCGCUGCACGCACCGCAACUCGCAGAACUGCCCGGCCACCAAGCAGGUGCAGCGCGCCGACGACCACCCCGCGCUCUUCGACGUCGUCUACCACGGCGAGCACACCUGCAGGCCGCCCGCCGCAGCUGGCGGCUCCGGCGGCGCCAAGAGGGCGCAGCAGCAGCAGCACAACCCGCACGCGCAGGCAGCGCUGCAGGGCCUCGCCGCGCGCCUCACGGUGGCCACCACCACGGCCGCCGCCGCCGCCGCCGCCGCCGCGGCGCUCCCGCCAAUGACGCCCGAGAGCUGCCCCGUGCGGGGCGCCUCGUCCCCGUGGUCGCCCGUCGGCUCCGACUCCAACGGCUGCCUGCAGCACCAGGGCGUCUCGCCGUGUCCCGUGCCCGGCUACGGGGACUGGGCCCCGGAGGGCGACCUCCAGGAGGUGGUGUCAUCGGCGUUCGCCGCCGUCUCGUCGGCUGCGCCCCUGCCGGUGCUCGACGACGAAUUCAUGUCCCUCGAGUGCUUUGCAUUCGACCACAACUUCGACAUUGACACCGCAAUGCCAAGCCUCUACUAUCCAUGAGGAGAAGAGCAACUGAUCGGCAGCAGCCCUGUCGUCGUCUCCAUGACAGGGAGGGAGGAGCAGAGGAGCCUCUCCCUAAGAACUGUGCAGUAGAAGAAGCCAAAACUGUGCAGUGGCAGGAGGCAGCAAAGCUGUUUCAUUUUGUUUUAUUUUUCCUCUUUCUUUUCCCUUUAUUUUUGGGGGUCAGUUCUCAACUUGCUGGGUUGGGUUUUGUUGGUUUCAGUCAGCAAGAGAAAAGUUAAAAUUUACUUACGGAGCGAUCAGCUCGAUCUCAGAAAUUA